AGCGUCAGCGGGGCGCGCGUGCGCAAGGCCCCACCGGGGCUCCGGAUUGGCGGGGCGGCGCUGACAGUUGUGUGUAGGGGGGUGGGGGAGGCGAGUGGGUGAAGGGAGGGAGUGUAAAUAGAGCGCAGGCGGUUUCGCGGCCGGCCGGCCUGCCACUUCCGAGCGACUCUUGAGGAGCCCGGGCGGAGAUGGAAGACGAGCAGGAGCAGCGGCGCCGGAAGGUGGAGGCUGGGAGAGCCAAGCUUGCUAACUUCCGACAGAGAAAAACAAAAGGUGACUGUCCGAAUUCGAAGAAAAAGACGGCGAAGAGGAAGGGUUCGGCUGUCCAUGCGUCUGUCCAGGAGGAGGGUCCGGUAGCCGCCCCCAACAGCGAGCUCUCCCAGGGAGGGGCCAUCUUUGAGAAGGAGUCGUGCAGCAACACCCUGGAGAGGGCCAGAGGGGCAUCUGCAGCUCAGGAACUAGAAGACUCUGAACUGGAUGUGACUGACCUGCAGGGACAGCAGCAGACACAGCCACAGCCACCCCAGACUGCCCACAGCCUUGAGCUAGAAGCAUUGCGCUUGAGCCUGAACAACAUGCACACAGCACAGCUGGAGCUGACGCAGGCCAACCUGCAGAAGGAGAAGGAGACGGCGCUGACUGAGCUCCGGGAAAUGCUCAAUGGCCGCCGGGCACAGGAGCUGGCGCUGCUGCAGAGCAGGCAGCAGUGCGAACUGGAGCUGAUGCGAGAGCAGCACGCCCGCGAGAAGGAAGAGAUGGCGCUCCGCAGCGGGCAAGAAACAGCUGAGCUGAAGGAGAAGUUACGUUCAGAAAUAGAGAAAAACAUCCAGAUGAUCGAGACCCUGAAGCAAGAUUGGGAAUCCGAAAGGCAAUUAUGUUUGGAAAAUCUCCGCCAGGAAUUGUCCUUGAAGCAUCAGUCAGAGAUGGAGGGUUUGCAAAGCCAGUUUCAGAAGGAAUUGUCGGAACAGAAGGUUGAAUUGGAGAAGAUUUUCCAAGCCAAAGAGGAGGCUGAAGUUUCCCUGAAGAACCUGGAGGCUCAGCACCAGGCAGCCAUCAAGAAGUUGCAAGAAGACCUGCAGUCAGAGCACUGCCAGUAUUUGCAAGAUUUAGAGCUGAAAUUCAGAGAAAAGGAAAAAGCCAAAGAGUUGGAGUUAGAGACUCUUCAGGCGUCCUAUGAAGACCUCAAGGCUCAGUCGCAAGAAGAGAUCCGACAGCUAUGGUCCCAGCUUGAGUCUGUGAAAACCACCAAAGAGGAGCUGAAUGGGUCAUGGGAGCCACUCCUAGCCCAAACGUCGCACCUGGAAGAACUGGAGCACCUGCGGUCAGAUUUCGCUCAGCAGCAGCAGCAAGAGAGAACCCAGCACGAGUCGGAGCUGGAGCACCUGAGGGUCUACUUUGAAAAGAAGUUGAAGGAUGCUGAGAAAACAUACCAAGAAGACCUGAGCGUGUUCCAACAACGGCUGCAGGAGGCAAGGGAGGAUACUCUGGAGUCCGGGGAAAUCAGUUCAUCCUGUAUGUUUCCAGAGGAGACAUCUGGGAGAGACAGAAAGGAGCCACCUGACCCACUUGAUCUUCAGCUUGAGCAGCCGAAGGUCCAGGACAGUCUGGUUGAAGACUGUCAGAUGAAACUCAGUAAAGCUGAGGAGAAGAUUCAGCAAAUGAAGCAAGAGUUCCAAAAGAAGGAAGCCGACUGGGAGCUUUGCCGAGAGGACCUAAAGAAAGAAGCUGAAGAGAGAUUAGCCGCCAUGUUCCUCGAGCUCCGAGAAAAGGCGGAGUCUGAGAAGCUGUCCAUCAUCCACAGGUUUGAGCUUCGGGAGUCUAGCAUGAGGCACCUGCAGGACCAGCAGGCCGCCCAGAUCUUGGACCUGGAGAGAUCUCUGAUGGAGCAGCAGGAUCACCUGAGGCAGCUGGAACAAGAACUCACUCGAGACGCUCUGCCGUGUAGCGGGUGUGGCCAGGAGAAGAACGGCAUGCUCCUCCAAGAGAAGGAGGACUGUGCCCUCCAGCUGCUGAUGGCCCAGAACAGGUUUUUGGAAGAGCGGAAAGAGAUCAUGGAGAAGUUUGCCAAGGAGCAAGAUGCCUUUCUUCGAGACGCCCAGGAGAAGCACAGCCAUGAGCUGCAGCUCGUCCAGCAGGGGCACCAGCAGCAGCUUGUGGCUCUGAGGAUGGAGCUUGAAAGCAAGCACCACUGUGAGCUUGCUGAGCAGCUCGCCUCCUUGGAGAGCAAGCAGCAGGCGCUCCUUGAGACUCACGUGGCCGAACUACAGGUAAAGCACAAUGCUGAAAUUAGCGCUUUGGAGAGGAGACACCUGUCAAAUCUGGACGAGUUAGAAUCCUGUUAUAUGGCCAACGUUCAGACUAUUCGGGACGAGCACAAACAGGCUUUGGAGCUCUUGCGAGCGGAGCUGGAGGAACAGCUACAGAAAAGGGAUUCUUCUCACAGAGAGGUUUUGACGCAGGAGUUGGAAAAACUGAAACUCAAACACGCGGAGGAGCUUCAGUCCGUAAGAGAUAGCCUGGGAAUCAAAAUGAGUGCCCAACACACAGAGAAUGGGACAGGCCCUGACGUGCAAGGAGCACAGCAGAAGGAGCCGACCAUGGCUGUGCACAAUGAGGGGCACCUGCUGGAGGAGGAUGGCCGUGCAGCCUUGGGUGGUGGGGACGCUGAGGACCUGCUACACCAAGCUGUGCCUCAGGACCUGGGAGACGCACACACAAUUGAAAUGCAGAAGUCACAAACAGAGUUGGCCAAACCUCAGGAGCCGCAGACAUCGCAGGACCAGGCUGCACAGGUGAGAGACAAGGUCUUCCUGCUGAACCGGGAGUUAGAAGAGUGCCGAGUGGAACUGGAGCAGCUGCAGCAGAGGCGACAGCGGGAAAACCAGGAGGGCUCCACGCUCAUCCGCAUGCUCAGGGCUGAUGUGGAGCUGGCUCAGAACGAAGGGAAAGCCCUCCGAGAUGCCCUGAGGAGACUUCUCGAUCUGUUUGGGGAAACGCUGAAGGCAGCUGUGACCCUCAGGAGCCGGAUCAGUGAGCGUGCGGGGCUUCUUCUGGAUCAUGAAGAUGCUACAGAUGCAAGCGAUGCCCAGUUAGCAGCUGCCGCCCUUGGCGAUAUGUGGUCUGACGAGGGUCUCCUGGAGAUGGACAGAACUUUGCCAGAAGGGGCAGAGACAUCUUCCGUGUGUGAAAUUAGCAGUCAUGUGUGUGAAAGCUUUUUGAUCAGCCCUGAAAACACACUGGAAUGUGAGCAGCCGAUUAGGAGAGUCUACCGGAGCCUCAGCACCGCGGUGGAGGGCCUCCUGGAGAUGGCCCUGGACUCCUCCAAACAGCUGGAGGAAGCUCGCCAGCUCCAUCGCUGUGUUGAGAGAGAGUUCCAUCACAGGAACGAGGAGAUGGCCCAGGCUUUGCAGAAGCAGCAGGAGCUGCUGGAGCGCCUGAGGGAGGAGAGUGCAGCCAAGGACCGGCUGGCUCUGGAGCUGCACACGGCUGAGGGUCUUCUGGAAGGAUUCAAGGUGGAGAAAGCAGAGCUGCAGGAGGCGCUGGGCAAAAAGGAGGAGUCGGAGCAGCAACUGAUCCUGGAGCUGGAGGAUCUUCGCAAGCAGCUGCAGCAGGCUGCCCGGGAGCUGCUCGCUCUGAAGGAGGAGAACUCCGUCUUGUGGAGCCAGAAGGACACUUUCUCUAAUGAAGCAAAAGAAAGAGAAGCUGCCCUGCAGAAGGAGGUGGAAUCUCUUACCAGAGACCAGUGGGAGUCCAAGAAGCAGUCUGAGAAGGACCGUGCCACCCUGCUCUCUCAGAUGCGCGUCUUGGAGUCCGAGUUGGAGGACCAGCUUGUGCAGCACCGGGGCUGUGCCCAGCUGGCUGAGGAAGUGGCCACCCUGAAGCAGCAGCUGGCUGCCCUAGACAAGCACUUGCGUAGCCAGCGUCAGUUCAUGGAUGAGCAGGCUGCUGAGCGUGAGCAUGAGCGUGAAGAGUUCCAGCAGGAGAUCCAGAGGCUGGAGGGGCAGCUCCGCCAAGCAGCCCGGCCACGGCCUCUGGGGCCCCGUGACAGCCAGUGCGCCCAGCUAGAUGAGGAGGUGGAGAUGUUACAAGAAAAACUGAGAGAAAAAUUAGAUGGGUUUAAUGAAUUGGUCAUAAAGAAAGAUUUUGCCGAUCAACAAUUGUUAAUCCAAGAAGAAGAAAUUAAGCGUCUGGAGGAGACAAAUGCCAUCAUACAAAGACAAAUGGCUCAGCUCCAGGAAGAACUGGAGAAACAGAAAAAAGGCAUGGAAGAGUUAAAGGAAAACGAGAUGCUAAAACAAAAGCAUACAGGUGACUUGCUGCUAACACCUAUAUCGCGGUCCAGGCUGGAUGAAGCCGGGUGUCCUACACUGUCUCAGGGCAGCUCUUCACUCUUGCAGCACGAGAAUGAGGUUGUACACAGCAGAAACUCUGAGACUGAAGAGCUGAAAGCCCUUAUCGAGAACUUACAGGAAAACCAGAGGCAGUUACAGAAGGAUAAAGCAGAAGAAAUCGAACAGUGCCAGGUGGGGUUAGACCAGCAUCAGUCUCAUGCAGCAUCUGUUGGCUGCACGAACUCUCGUGCCGAGGCACAGGCUAAACAUGAUGAUGAACUGGAACAGGACAGAGUCAGCAGCGGGCUAGCCUUGGCUCCCCACAGCCCGGCUGAACAGGCCAAGGAAGAACACCUGGAAGCCUGUCGCCUGGGUGACGCCAAUCUCAUAGCCCAGGUGAGACAACUUCAAGAGGAACUGGACCGCCGGGCACCUUCCGUGGCCUUCAGGGACACCAGCAAGGAAACUUCUAAAUUACAGCAGCCACAACUGUCAGAAAAUGGUUCAAGUAAGCCUUGUCCUAACGGCGAAGAAAGCAAGCCAUUGCCUCCCGACGAUGUACUCAAUAUGGCUAAAACCACGUGGGAUGUAGUUGAUGGUAGUAAACAUCAGGAUUUAUUGGUCCCAAUUGAAAUGCCAGAUUUCCCCACUCAAGAAAAAUUACCAUCACAAGGUGGACCUUUCUCCUCCCAAGCCCGUGUGCACAGUGACUCCCUCCUCCCUGAGGAGGCUGAGCCCCAGAAGGACCCGGUGAGGACGCUGGACCUGUCUUCCUGGAGUUCCCCCGAGGUUCUCCGGAAGGACCCAUCCUUGGAACCUCAGCACAGCCUGCCCCUGACACCGGGCGUGGGUACAGUGAGCCUGCACAGUGUGGACAUCUCCUCACCAGAUCGGACAGACCCACUGCUGCAGGCUGAUGUGUGGGAGCUGCUUUGUUACCCGGGCAAGUCUGCAACAGGCCAGGCCCCGCUGUGGGCGGUGGCCCCUUCGGCUGAGAAGCACCAUGUGGAGAGGACAGCCACGGAGAAGGACGUCGAAGACUUUAUCGUAACAUCUUUUGAUUCUCAAGGAACGUUAACAUCCCCUUCUCAUGAGUUAGCGAGAAGAAGCGAUGGGAGCCGGAAAAGUGACGGCCCAGACAUUGCUAUGAUGCUGCCCCUGGGCUCAGAAGGACCCGAGACUCCCGGCACUGACCUAGUAGCUGCUGCUUCUGCUCCUUUCUCUAGGAGGUUCGUCCAGUCACUAGGAGCAAUGAAGGAGAAGGAGGUCCAUGCAAAGCAAAUGAAGGCUUUGCUGCAGAUGGUAUUUGAUGAGAGUCACCAGAUACUGGCCUUGUCAGAAAGCCAGGACCCCUCGAGCACACUGAGCAAGGGUGAACCACGAGACCCCCUGGAUGGCUUCCCAAAGGACAAGCAGGCCCUUUCGGAGGUGACAACUGACAGAGGAGAGAAGGAAACUUUGGAGACACACCUUACGUGGAGUGAGGAGCUUUUGCGGGCCAUACAAGAAGUGUUUGCCAGGGAGCAGGAGGCUGAGCUGCAGCCUCGGCCUUACGGCUCAGACCUCGGAGAUCAUAACUCCCUGGUCAGGAGGCUGGAGAAGGUCAUUCAAGAGCAGGGAGACCUGCAGAAGGUCCAGGAACACCUGUGUCUGCCAGACCGGAGCAGCCUGCUAGCGGAGAUUCAGGCCCUACGAGCUCAGCUCCGCAUGACACACCUCCAGAACCAAGAGAAGCUGCAGCAAUUGUGUGCAGCCUUGACGAGCACAGAGGCCCGAGGGAGCCAGCGGGAGCACCAGCUUCGAAGACAAGUCGAACUAUUGGCAUACAAAGUGGAACAGGAAAAGUGCAUAGCGAACGACUUACAGAAAACCUUGAGCAAAGAACAGGAGACGGCGAGCGAGGUGCGCAAGCGCCUGAUGGUGGAGCAGAGUGCCGUCCAGGACUUGAAGUCCGAGCUGCAUGCCUGUAAGCAGGAGAACACAAGCCUGUUGGAGUCGCUGGACAAGGUGCAACAGGAAGUCCUGCGGCUCAGAGCCGUGCUGGACGGCAAGGAGAACGAGCUGAAGGUCGUACUUGAGGAGCUGGAGUCUGAGCGCGGAAAGGGGCAGGCCCUCCAGGCCCAGCAGGAGGAGCAGCAGCUGCGGCACUUGCAGAGGGAGGGCCAGAGCUCCCGGGCCCUGGAGGAGUUGAAAAUAUCUUUGGAGAAGCAGCUUGCUCAAAAUAACCAACUGUGUGUUGCUUUAAAACAUGAGCGUGCGGCCAAGGACAACUUGCAGAAGGAGCUGCAGAUCGAGGCCUCGCGCUGUGAAGCCUUGCUGGCGCAGGAGAAGGGCCAGCUCUCCGAGCUGCAGAAGAGCCUAGAGGCUGAGCGGAGCCGCUCACUCGAGCUCUCCGAGGCCCUGCAGCAUGAGCGGCUCUUGACGGAGCAGCUGAGCCGCAAUGCGCAGGAGGCCUGUGCCCGCCAAGAGACACAAGUGCAGCAUGCUUUAUUGCGAAAGCUGAAAGCAGAGAAGGCUCGUGCGUUGGAGCUAGAGGCAAUGCUUGAAAAGGUGCAGAAACAGGCUGCCCACACCCAGCAGCAGCUGGAGGCUCAGGCUCAGGAGCGCUGCGUAGAGCUCAAGAGAGAGAAGGAGCGAGAGUUGGAGAUACAGCGUCAGCGUGACGAACAUAAGAUCGAGCAGCUUCAGCGUGUGGUGAGGGAGCUGAGAUGGAAAGAGGAGAUGCCCGGAGGAAACGGCCCUGGCCGGGGCUCCCCUGGCCUGGCUUCCCUGGAGAAGGACCAGUUCCAGGAGCAGCAACAGGAACUGGAGAAGAUCCGACAGCAGCUACUGUGUGCAGCUGGGCUCCUCACGAGCUUUACCAACCACACAGUAGACAGGACAAUUAAAGAUUGGACGUCAUCCAAUGAGAAGGCGGUAGCAUCCUUAAUGCGCACGCUUGAGGAGCUGAAGUCUGAACUGAGCAUGCCCACCUCCUUUCAGAAAAAAAUGGCUGCAGAACUCCAGGUCCAGCUCAUGAAUGAAUUGCUGAGCGACAACGAUGCCCUCACAAAAGCUGUAGGCAUGGCAACCCGAGAGAAAGCAGAGCUGUGCAGGACCGUCUCUCGGCUCGAGAAGACCCUGAAGCACCACUCACAGAAGGGCUGCGUUCUUAAUAGGCAAAGCAAGUCUUCAUUGAAGCAAGAUGGAACGGAUCUGCAGAGUUCUCUACGGCACUCAGACCCAGAGUGGCCCACGCAGACUGCAAGUGGGGACACAAAUCCCUACAAUAUCAAAAUGGAAAAGCUAUACCUGCAUUACCUGAGAGCAGAGAGCUUUAGGAAAGCUCUGAUUUAUCAGAAGAAGUAUCUCCUGCUGCUGAUUGGUGGAUUCCAGGACUCGGAGCAGGAAACGCUCUCCAUGAUUGCUCAUUUGGGGGUCUUUCCUUCCAAAGCAGAUAAGAAGAUUACUACAUCACGUCCCUUCACCAAGUUCCGCACCGCCGUUCGAGUGGUCAUCGCAGUAUUGAGGUUGCGGUUUUUGGUUAAGAAGUGGCAGGAAGUGGAUCGGAAGGGAGCGCUGAUACACAGCAAAAGCAACCGCCACGGGCAUCGAACAUCUCAGAGACAACAUUCGCCAUCAGGCACCAGAGCAUCUCUGCCAACCCGGGACACUUCCUCAGGGCAUACCAAGGACUCUCGGCACAGCCCCAGACCUGUGGCAGCCAUCUCACUGGGCAAGGGAAGAUCAACUUCAACACCAAGUUCAAGGCUAGAAAGAUCCCUGACUGCUUCUCAAGAUCCUGAUCAUUCCUUGACAGAAUACAUUCAUCAUUUAGAAAUGAUCCAGCAAAGACUUGGGGGGUUGCCACCAGAUUCUACUCAGAAAUCCUGCCACCAGAAGAUUAAACAAUGAAUAAAGUCCUUAUGGCUCUUAACCUUUGACAUUUCUAUUUGAGGAAAGAUUUUAUUUUCCUAAGGAAAGCCCAUGGUAUGGUCUGGGACACAUGCUUCAGGAAUGGUGACACCAGCCUCUAGGAGCCACCAAGAGCCUCCACCUCCACACACUGCUAAAUGUGGGGAGUACGCUGAGCCCCUCCCCGCCCAGCGCUCAGCGCCCAGCGGCUGUGCUGGGUCCCAUGCCUGAUGAUGGAGCCAUCUGCCUCCUCCAGGGCAGAAGCUGCUUAUUUUUCUUAGUGUGUCAGGAUGGGAAGGGAAGUUGAAAGUGAACACACAGGAAAGAAGGAAUGUAUUUCUUAAGGACUAUUGUCUAAUGGAUGAAUGGUCUUGUGUUGUUGUUGUUUGUUGUUGUUGGUUUUUUUUGUUUUUUGUUUUUUUUGUUUUUUGUUUUUUUUGGCAAAACAAAUAAAACAAUGUCAAACUUG